UUGUCCCCGAGCGGUAUCCCUCCGCGCCCCGGCCUCAGUCUUCCUCUCCCUUCCCGGGACCCUCCGAGUCGGGGGCGCGGCGGAAGGAUCGCACGCACGCGCGCACGUCCCUCCGUGGCCGCGGGAAGGGGGGCGCUCGGUGAGGAGCAGCCGCCGCCGCCGUCGGCACAGCCGCUUCUCAGCCUCCCGGCGCCGCCAGUAGAAAUAGAUAUGAUUGUAGGAAAAGAUCGGGAAGGUUUCUUUACCAACGGUUUGACUCUUGGCGCAAAGAAGUGCUCAGUGAUCAGAGACAGUCUGUAUGUGGAUGGUGACUGCACAAUGGACAUCAGGACAAAGAGUCAAGGUGGGGAGCCAACAUACAACGUUGCAGUGGGCAGAGCUGGCAGAGUCUUGGUCUUUGUAAUGGGAAAAGAAGGGGUCCAUGGAGGCGGCUUGAAUAAGAAGGCAUACUCAAUGGCAAAGUACUUGAGAGACUCUGGGUUCUAGCUGCUAGGCAGAUGUUCAGCAUUAGGGGAAUUGCUCGUAAACUUUCCUAGCAUAAGCUCGAGUCUUAAUUCCGGAAACUUUAUUAGCAAUGCAGGUGAUGGGGUAUGAACCUUGGUCUCCUUUGUAUCCCUCUGUUAGUGGGGAAAGGUAUCUUUCUUUCUGCCCUCCCCCCUUAAAUAAUUCUGUUCACUUUGUUUUGUUUCCUUGUGUA